CUCUCUCUCACACACACACACAGAAGAGAACUGAACGCUUUCACAUGUGCACUAUUCCAUCUGUUCUUGCUGCCUCUCUCUCUCUCCCAUGUCCAGUUUAGGCAUUAAAAAAGGUUUUUGAGUUUCACAUUCAAGAACUGAGCUUGCAUUUCAGCACACCACAACUUUAGAGCUCCAUCUCUCCCUCUCUCUCACACACACACUGUGGGAGCAUGGAUUCCAAUGCCAUUCUCGAUUAUGCUCUAUUCCAACUCACCCCAACAAGAACAAGAUGCGAUCUUAUUGUGUUUUGUGGGAAGAGGAGUGAGAAACUGGCAUCUGGGCUUUUGGAGCCCUUCGUUGCUCACUUGCAAUAUGCUAAAGAUCAGAUUCCAAAAGGGGGUUAUUCGAUUACUCUUCGCCCCCCUCGUGAUGAUGCCUCAUGGUUCACCAAGGCCACAUUUCAAAGAUUUGUGCGCUUUGUGAACACGCCCGAGAUUCUUGAGAGGAUUAUACGCAUAGAGCGAGAAAUUUUGCAGAUUGAUGGCUCAACUCAAUCUAGUGAAAAUCCUACGGUGGAUGAGGCAGGGCAUUCAGUGGAAGGGACUGAUGGGAAUCUGAAGAAGUCAACUAAUUCUUCUAAGUUAUCGUCUGAGGAAGAAGAUCCCGGGGCAGAGCUGAGAGGACAUUCUAGGGCUCGUCUUCAACAUUUGAUGGAUUCACGAAAAACAUUGCUUCUGAAAGAGCAAGCCAUGGCUUAUGCCCGUGCAGUUGUGGCUGGAUAUGAAAUGGAGGACAUUGAUGAUCUUAUAUGCUUUGCUGAUACAUUUGGAGCCUCGCGAUUAAGGGAGGCGUGCAUCGAUUUUAAGGAGCUUUACAAUAGGAAACAUUCCGAUGAUCAAUGGAGGGAUGAGUUAGCAGCAGUGCAGGCAUCAUCUAUGACUGAUCUUCCAUAUCUGGCAACAUCUGGAGUUAUGCUCACUGGUGAGAAUUUUCAUGGCAAUGGAUUCUCCAUCCCACUCGAGAGAACUGGCUCCUCCGACACAGAUAAGAGCAAAGAAAGUAAUUCUAUGGGUGAACAGAGGCCGAAUAUGCAGCAGGUUCCAUGGAUGAAUCAGAUUCCUCCUUAUAUGUACAACUUUCAAGGCCCGAUGCAGCAAAUGCCGGCUUACCAAGGCUAUCCUUACCCUGGUAUGCCGCCAUAUUACCUGGGGAAUAUGGGGUGGCAGUCUCCGGGUGGCCCUAAUUCAAAUCACCGAUCAUCUCGGAGGAAGGAAAAAUCUUUUAACGCCGAUAAUUCUGAGGAGGAUGAAAGUACUGCUUCUGGUGAUUCAGAUGUUGGGACCGAUUCAAACGUGGAACAAGAGCAAGAUAAGAAGCAUUCUUCGCGGGGGAAGAAGAACAAGAAAUCUUCCAAAACGGUUGUUAUCCGUAACAUAAACUACAUAACUUCCCAGAGGCGCAAUGGAGAUGAUAACGAGCAUUCUGAGGAGUCUACGGGAGAUGAUGCAACAGUGUCGUUGGAGAAACAUGCACGUAAAAGCAGAGGAAACCACGAACUCGGGAACAGCACUGAUGCUGAUGUCUCUGAAGGAGGGAAAUCUGCCGAUCCUUGGGGUGCUUUUCAGAAUCUUCUGCUUAGCAGUGAAGACUCGAAUCCAACGAAGCAUCACGCUGGAGAUCCCAUGGAUGAACAAUUUAUGAUGAACGAUUCCAAUGGCGGCAGAGUUUCUCACGAAGCAUUUGAUUUGGGAUCGGAGAAAGUAAAGAGACAGCCUUUAGCUAGUGAUGAUUCAGUUCUUGUGAUUCACAGAGAGGGGGAGAAUGGUAGCAACACUCACAUUGUAGGUUUUGCUAAUGGAGAAGAAACGCAGACGACUAUGAAAAGAACUGUUUCUGAAAACGAGAACACUUUGUUUGCACGACAAUCCAUAGGAUCACGAACCACCACUCUGGGAGGUUUACAAGAUUUCUCCUCGGAAUCAGCCACUAUUCGGAACAGGAGAGAGGAAGACUGGUUCGUUGUCAACUCGCAAACGCAAGAGGGAAAGCAAUCGGGAUUUGUCAAUCACAACUCCUUCUCCUCCUAUGCAAGUGACAUGGUCAGGAAAGAAGCUGCCGGAGGAGCUGCUGUGGUUGACGACUCCUUCAUCAUAGAGUCGAGAUCAAGAGCUGACGAUCAGUAUGUCUCUCACUGGAGAUCAGACGUCAUCAUGGAUGGCGAGAUGGACAUAGCCCCCCAGCCAGAAAAAGGAAGCCCGGCCAUUUCUGGCUCUGCUGAGCCUGAUGACCUCUGUAUGGUGCUUGUAAGGGAGUCGCAAGAAUCCGGUGCAUCCUGGACGCCUGACAUGGAUUAUGAAACCGAAAUCUCUUACAACGAAGCUGAUAAAAUAUCUCCCUCCUCCAAGAUGAAUGGUGAAGCGGCAGAGGAAACUGCUGUCAAUGGUAAACAAGCCAAUGGCAAGAAAACUGCAGCUAAAUCUCCCAUGAGAUCUCGAGUCCCCACUGCCAAACCGGAUCCUUAUUCGAAGACGAAGAAGAUAUCUUCAGCAAGUAGGCUACUGACUCAAAAGAGCAAGCUGCAGAGGGAAGAGGAGGAGCGCAAGAGACUGGAAGACGCGCUGAUCCAACGCCAGAAGAGAAUCGCGGAAAGGUCAGCUGCCAGCGGCUUAUCUCCUGCAGCAUCCAAGAAGCUUCCAGUCGGAAGCAAAUCAACGCCUCCUAAGCUCGACAGGGUCAGAUCUUCGUCUGCUGCCCGUGCCCCGAAAAGCUAAGUCAGCCUAAACUCACUGCAAUAUGAUUGUGUGAGUUGAGCUGAACUGAACUGUUGUUGUAUAGUCUUGGUCUUGGUUUUGCAUAUGCCAUUUUUUGAGAUUGUAUAUUCAAUUUAUUUAUUUUCCUAAUAGUGUGUAUCUAUAAAAAUAAAUUGGAUCACAUAUUUGUGUCACCACAAACUGAAGUUGACUGCUGGAAAUUUCAUGGCUUCUUUUCUUUCUCAUUCAA